AUGCAAACAUCUAAUAUAAAAUUAAUUGAAAAAUCUGAGUUAAAUCUUGAUGAUGAUUUCAAUCAAGAUCAAAAUUCAUCACCCGAUAUAAAUCAAUUGGCAUGUAGUUUAAAGAAUAAAAUUUUUUCUAAAUAUAUUUCUAAUUAUUUAACGGAAAAAGUAGAACAGAUGUGGAUUCUAUAUGAAAAACGCAUUGAUAAAUUUUUCAAAGAAAAUCAUUUCAAUAUAACUUGUAGCAAUGCUCGUCCACAAAUAGCUAUGAAACUUGAAGAAUUAGCUAAAUAUCAACAGGACAAUAUAGAGACAUGCAAACGAGAUAUUGAAAUCUUAUGUUCUUUACGUAGACGAUUACGACACGAGAAUAAAUAUUCAGUUCAAUUACAAUCAAGUCAACGUCCACCAACCAGUUCUAGUUCAAUUCGUGUACCAAAAACACCACGAUGUAUUGAUCGCUCUAAAGUAACAACUGAUAUUUAUAAAGAUGAUACUUAUGAAUUCGAUGAUUCAAAACGAAAUAAAAUAAGUAAUCAAGAAUUAAAUGCUUUAUCGUUGAGUUCAUAUCAGCAUAAUCGUCGUCAGUGUAUAUUUAAACAUGGCGAAAUUUUACCACUUGAUUCAACAAGAAAAACUCGAACGAUCAGAGUUACGUAUUUAUGUAAUAAUUAA